GCCCGCUCCACCUCCAGCUCGAGAGGCAGACAUGCCAGCUGAAAUAGAGCCAGCUCCUGGGGAGUUCCUGGACCUGGAGGAUUUUCAGAUUUCCUCCAGGGAGCUGUCGUGGAUUUCCAUGAAGGAUUUUGAAAAUGACCUGACCCGAGCACACGUGCUGGAGUGGCUGCCUGAGCUGAAGGCAGAGCAGUUCUCCCUCAUGGCAGUGGAGCUCUUCAAGAAGCUCAAGCCUUACCACUGCCUGCACUAUGUAUGAGCAGACCCCAACGAUGAGAGACAGGAGCACCUGGCACCCACUGUGCUUGCCAUACUGACGCACUGUGACCAGGUGGCCAGCU